GACUAAUUGAAAAUAAAAAGAUGAAAUACUUUUAAAAAGAGAAGAAGACAGACACCUUUACAGCCAAGAAGACGACCUUUGAAAAAAAAGCUUCCGGGUUUAUCCAUCCAUCCAUCCAUCAAUCAAUCAUCUUUUCGUAAUCGAAAGAAGAAAUGAGGCAUAAUUGCUGCCAUAUUUCGUUCGCCUCAACUCUCAAGAUCCUCAAUUUCGUUCAAGCUUUCUUCGGUGUUUCCAUCAUCAUCUACUCCAUAUGGAUGCUCGAUCAAUUCCACCGUCACGUCCCCGUCGAUCCUCCCACUUUGAACAAUCCUGCUGGUCUCAUGGCGAGCGUCGUUCUAGGGUCUAGUGGUGGUGGUGAUCAUGGGUUUAGCCUCCGUUCCUUGGACCUUCCUGCUCCAUGGUUCAUCUACUCUUUUAUGGCGGUUGGUGUAUUGGUCUGCAUUGUUACCUUCAUUGGUUUCAUUGCUGCUGAAGCUAUCAAUACCUGUUGCUUGUGUUUCUACUCUAUUCUCAAAACUCUGCUCAUUCUACUUGAAGCUGCCCUUGUUGCAUUCAUCGCCAUUGAUCGUCACUGGGAAAAGGAUCUUCCGUAUGAUCCAACUGGAGAGCUCAAUAGUCUUCGGGCUUUCAUUGAGGACAACAUUGAUAUAUGCAAAUGGGUCGGGGCUGCUGUAGUAGUCGUCCAGCUACUGUCACUGCUACUAGCCAUGGUUCUCAGAGCUAUGGUUUCACCUAAGAGACCCGAGCUUGACGACGAGGAAGACUAUGAGAACCCGAGGAGUAGAGCUUGGGAUCCACUUCUUGGUUCUCAAGCAAACCAAGCCUCUGCUGGGCCUAGCAAGAGUGAUAACUGGAGCUCUCGCAUCAGAGAAAAGUAUGGACUCAACCAGACUCAGGCGGUAGUGAACCCUAAAGGCUGAUGAAGCCAAAUAAACAUGACUCUGAAACUGCAUGCGUCCAUAUGGUCUCUGUGUAGCUGUCUUUUUUUAUGUUUUGCUCUCUGUAACUUUCUCUGAGUGUGCUUAAAUAGUUAACUCGACAACAGUGUCAUAUUGUGUGCCACACCAACCGCAUAAGCAUCUCUAUUUGUGUGUUUGCCUGUAGAAUCCUCUCUAAAUUAUCAUUUCCACUAUAAAGAUUUUACUAAUC